CAAGAUAUGCAGGAUGCCUUGCAGCACUGGCCAUUGGUUUUUACUAAUGUCUCUGUAAUUUCUAACCAGACCACACCCUUUCACUGGGACCCACACUCAUGGUCUGAUUGGUAUGACAUGCUGGUCAUGGUUGGCAAUUAUGAAGAUUGUGUAUUGGGUAUCCCCACACUUGGCCUUCAGUUCCUUUACAACCCCAGCACUGUAGUUGCAUUUUCUGGCCAGCUUCUUUGA